CCUCUAUAGAAAAAUCUUUGGUCGAGUGGCUUGUACAGUAGGAGACCAGCAAUAUGUGAGUCCGCUUGGAAAUUCCUGACGCCGAAGAAUUAGAACCAGAGCUUUCCAAUCAACCACGCCCCAUGAUGGCAACAUCUCGCGACAGACCACCCAACUCCUCAUGCCAAGCCGCACACAUUCAAUCGAGAUGGUCCAUAGACCAACUCCCCGCGCAGCAAUUUUGGCCCUUCGCAUAGAGCUCCGUUCUCACUCAUCGCUGGAACAGCAGCCAUGUCCCGCAAGCCCAUCGUCGGUGGCAAUUGGAAGUGCAACCCAGCGAAGUUGGCAGAUGCCAAGGCUUUGGUUGAGGCCUGGAAGGAGAAAGGCUUCGACAAGGAGAAGGUGGAUGUGGUGAUCGCGCCGACGGCGUUACACUUGGGCCACGUGAAGACGCCCUUGGAGGGUCUCGGCAUGGCGGUCUGCGCGCAGAACGUGGGCAAGAAUGACAUGGGCGCCUUCACCGGUGAGUGGACCGCAGCACACCUGCAGGACAUGGAGGUGGGCUACACCCUCAUUGGCCAUUCCGAGCGCCGUAGUAAGUACGGCGAGACGGAUGAGGACACGGCACUCAAGGUGGAGAAAUGCCAGGAAGCGGGCCUCAAGGUCAUCUUCUGCAUCGGCGAGCUGUUGGAAGAGCGCGAGUCCGGCAAGACCGACGAGGUGAACAAGCGCCAGCUGGCAGCGAUCAUCCCCAAGGUGAAAAACUGGGACUUGAUUGUCUGGUUUGGACGGUGUGGUGUGGAUCGCGGCAAACUAGGGCUUCAUGAGCGGUUAUUUACAGUCAUCGCCUACGAACCGGUCUGGGCCAUCGGCACCGGCAAGGUGGCGACCCCCGACCAGGCCGAGGAAACCCAGGCGGCGAUCCGCGCCUAUUUGAAGGAGGCGGUGAGCGCGGAGGUCGCGGACAAGGUACGGAUCCAGUACGGCGGCAGCGUGACGCCCGAGAACUGCAAGGAGCUCAUCACGAAGCCGAACAUCGAUGGCUUCUUGGUGGGUGGUGCCUCUUUGAAGCCUUCAUUCAUGGAAAUCGUCACCGCUGUCCAGGGAUGAGUAGCUGCUGACACGCAGAGAUCAUCCUCCCGAGACAUGCAAAAGACCGGGAGCUCGCGAGAUGCUCGCUGUCUUGUGCUUCGGCCAAGCCGGAGCGCGCGUUCAAGCGCUGACGUCUCUUUUCGCACCAGUGUCAACGGCGAUUUCACAUGAACACAAUGUAGUCUCAUGCCACAUCCC